ACGAUGUGACGCCUGAUGGGGGCGUUGUGCCAAGUACAUGUAGACUAUAUAACUUGUAAGACUGGACGACGUCCACUUUGUGCGUGUAAAUUUAAUGCACAGUACAAGGAAGCCACCUUAGCUAAGGCGGUAAUACAAGAAUUUGAUGAUGACUAUGACUAUGAAGAUCCUUUCUUUGAGGAAGGAAUAGAUGAAAGCUACAGCAUGUCCCGUUCCUUAGUGGAUACCACCAGCAGUACAAAUUCUUCCAGUUCUCCAGGACAGCUUUCUUCUUCUGUUACCAUGAGGGACAGCAGUGGCCAUAGACUUAGUCCUGUCUUAUCAGAUUCUAAGGAGCCUUACAGAGAGGGCAAAAGUUUUUCAUUUUCUGGAUCAGUAGGUGUUGCCAGCUCUGGGGAGUCGCCUUCUCAGUCCCCUACUAUAGCAGUAAUUGAUGAAGAUCAAAAUUAUGGCAGUGACACAGCUCCUAGGUCCCCUGCCUUCCAGGGACAGAGAAGUAAGUCUGAAGGCAAGCUGCAGAGCUUUCACCCAGCAGUUGGGAAAUUUCCCAAAUCAAGGGAAUCUCUUAAGGUCCAGAAGAAAAAUUACAGGAAGGAAAAGAAGCGAGCUACUAAAGAAUUGCUGCACACUCUCAAAGACCCCACAGUUAUUGUGAUGGCAGACUGGUUGAAGAUACGUGGGACUCUGAAAGGUUGGACCAAACUGUGGUGUGUUUUGAAACCAGGACUAUUGAUUCUGUACAAAAGCCCAAAACAAAAGAGUAAACACUGGGUUGGGACUAUUCUGCUGAACACUACAGAACUUAUAGAAAGACCAUCCAAGAAAGAUGGGUUCUGUUUUAAGCUGUUUCAUCCCCUAGACCAGUCUAUAUGGGCUCCAAGGGGCCCCAAAGGAGAAACAAUAGGAGCAAUAACUCAGCCACUGCCUUAUUCCUAUCUCAUAUUCCGAGCUCUGUCAGAGUCAGCAGGAAAAUGUUGGAUGGAUGCCCUUGAACUAGCACUGAGAUGUUCAAGCUUGCUAAUUCGCUCCAUGACAAAGGACAAGGAAAGUGCCAACGCCUCCUUAGCUUCCAAUAUUAGUCAAGAAUCCUUUCUCACAGCUGCCUCACAAAACUUCAAUAUUGGGGAAAAUAUGAAUGAAAGUGACUGUGAAAAGCACUUUCUUGAAUUCGAUCUAGAAGACCAUGAAGAUAAGACAGACAAAGAGGACCGUGACAAGAGUGAGUUUGAGAAGAGUGAGGACAGCAGCUGCUCAGAGUCGGAUGAAGAUGAGGUGGACACCAUCAAUGAUGACCUCCAGCCAAUGGAGACACCAUAUGUAGAGAAUAUAGAGGAUGAGCAAAAUGUGGCUUACCAGCAAGGAGAUGGGGUUCAGACCUCAGAGGUUGCUGAUGAAAAUAAGAGCAUAAUUUGGGCUUUGGUGAAACAGGUUCGUCCAGGAAUGGACCUGUCUAAAGUGGUGCUGCCUACAUUUAUCCUGGAACCCAGAUCACUGCUGGAGAGAUAUGCUGACUUCUACUAUCAUGCUGAUAUCCUGUCUGGUGCUGUUCUGCAGGAAGAUCCAUAUUCCAGGAUGAAAAGUGUGGUCAAGUGGUAUGUCUCUGGAUUUUAUAAAAAACCAAAGGGUGCUAAGAAGCCAUAUAAUCCCAUCUUAGGGGAGACCUUCAGAUGCUGCUGGAAACAUCCUAAAACUGACAGUAGGACAUUUUAUAUUGCUGAACAGAUCUCCCACCAUCCUCCAAUGACUGGGUUCUGUGUGAUUAACAGGAAAGAUGGUUUCAGCAUCAAUGGUUGUGUCCUGGCUAAAUCAAAAUUUUAUGGGAAUUCCCUCUCAGCUAUAAUGGAUGGAGGUGGUAGGCUGACAUUUCUGAAGCGUGGUGAAGAUUACUUGAUCACUAUGCCUUAUGCUCAUUGCAAAGGAGUCUUAAUAGGAACACUUACAAUGGAGCUUGGUGGAAAGGUGCGCAUUGAAUGUGAGAAAACGGGAUACAAGACUGAGUUGGAGUUCAAACUCAAGCCUUUCUUGGGCAGCCCAGAACAGUGCAAUAGGAUUAUAGGCAAAAUCAGAUUUGGAGAAGAAACCCUUGCAACAGUGCAUGGACACUGGGAUCAAGAAAUAUACAUUACUGACAAAAGCACUGGGGAGACAGAAGUGUUCUGGGGUGUUACUUCAGAUGUCAGAGCAGGGAGAUUAAAGAGGUUUACUGUGCCUCUUGAGCAUCAGGAAGAGUUUGAAUCUGUUAGGCUGUGGCAGCAUGUGACAGCUGCAUUAUUAAGAUCAGACCAAGAAAUGGCCACCCAUGAGAAAUUUAUCCUGGAAGAUGCCCAACGAAAAGCAGCCAAGGAGAGAAAAGCCCUCAGUGUAGAAUGGGUGCCGAGGUUGUUUGAAAGAGAUCCACUGACAAAUGAUUGGGUGUACAAGUAUCUAGAUUCCAGGCCCUGGGACCCAAUAAACGAUGUGAUUCAGUAUGAAAAAGACUACAUGGUCAUGACCAAAACCAGGCGAAAAGUUCCAAUUGUACGUACAACCAGCAUUCUCAGUGUGAACAACAAGCCUGAUAAAAACAGCAGAAGGCAAAAAGCUGUAGAACACUCAAGGGCAGUGGCCCGCAUUAAAAGGAAUGCUCACAUGAGGGAAUGCAGGGAAAGCGGAAGUUCAACACCAGAUCCUGAACAUAGAAUUGAUGAGUCCACAUCAGAAAGUGAAGUGGAGGCCAAAGGGAAAAGUAACCAAUCAGUGGACCCAGAGAUGCUUAAACAGCUUCUGAACCCAUUGCAAGAGAUGCAGCGUCAGAACAAUCAGGCAUUGGCUAAUCUUCAUGGGCACCUGCAGCAGGUGGAGAGAGCAUAUUUAGAUGGCUAUGGUGGAGUCUAUCUUCAAAGCAGAGACUGGGUCAUUCUGGGUGCAAUUUUACUGUUUCAGACAAUCUUGUACUGGUUCUUCAAAUGAAGAUUUGAUGCAUCAACCCACAAACUAUGGUGCUCUAUUCCAGCAAUUUUUACACAGUUUUCACAAAAAAUUGAAGCAAAAGAAAACCUGAUCAGACCUGUAGCCAGCAAAUUUUAAGGGAUGGUUCUUUUUAUCUGAUAAAGGCCACCUUUCCACCACUUUACUUGAACUAAUGUGAGAAAUGGCAGAGAACCUAGAUCGAAUGGUGACUUUUUUUGGUAGAAAGGGUAGCUACAUGUUUUUUCUAACUUGCCCAACUACAGGUCCUCCGGGGCAGCAUUGCAAUAAACUGUCAGUUUUUAAGGCAGCAGCCAUCUCACAGCAAAACUUACAUUGGUAUAAAUACGUAAAAAGAUGUCUUUGAGUUCUAAACGAAGGGAAGCUGGAAUUCUGCCUAUCAUUAUGUAUAUCAAAAUUUCUGUCUUCUGAAGCAAAACUAGUUGCUUGUUAGAGUUUAGUACAUUUUGUAGGAAAUGGAUAAAUAACUGUAAAUUGUACUGUCAAAGUUGCACAAUCCACAAAGAUAUUUAAAAAAUAAAAACGACAAAGGGCAUGGUUAUGAUUUUAAAGCCAA